AGUUAAAGGCAUCAUCGCAGCCAUUAGAGGGAAAAGUUGCGGCGCGGCGAGCCCGGCGAAGUCCUCCCGCCCGCCCCUCUUGCCCACUCCCCACUUCCCGAGCUGGCUGGGCGUUUAGGGAGGGCAGUGAUCACGCAAGCCGGAGCAGCGGGCUGACGUUGGACGAGCUGCCAGGUAGCACAAAGCAGACAGCGAAGCCGCGGAGGCACUUCCCCGCGUUGCAAGCCCGAGUGUGGACUCGAAGCCUCUCCGAAUCCGAGCCAGCUGGUUUUAACCUUCGCGAAUUGCACUCCCCUCUCCCCAGAGCCAGUCCUCGCGGAGCGAGCAGCAGGAUGAUUGCAGUGUCGCGCGCAGGGCUCUGAGACUGAGCCUCUGAGACGUUUGCAUUCCUUUCUUCGGGGGCUUUUUGGCUGUUGGCUUCACUGAUGUGACCCCCCCCCCCUUUUGGAAUGAUGGGGAUCUUUUUGGCAUAUGUUGGAUUUGUUUUCUUUUCCGUUUUAUAUGUACAACAAGGGCUGUCUUCUCAAGCAAAAUUUACCGAGUUUCCGCGGAACGUGACGGCGACCGAGGGGCAGAAUGUGGAGAUGUCUUGCGCUUUCCAAAGUGGCUCUGCCUCGGUGUAUCUGGAGAUCCAGUGGUGGUUCCUGCGGGGGCCCGAGGACCUGGAGCCCGGGGCCGAGGUGGCUGGUGCGCAGGUGGAGCUGGUGCCCGACCGAGACCCCGACAACGACGGGACCAAGAUCAGUACAGUGAAAGUCCAAGGCAAUGACAUCUCUCACAAGCUUCAGAUUUCCAAAGUGAGGAAAAAGGAUGAAGGUUUAUAUGAAUGCAGGGUGACAGAUGCCAAUUACGGAGAGCUACAGGAACACAAAGCCCAGGCCUACCUGAAAGUCAAUGCCAACAGCCAUGCCAGGAGGAUGCAGGCCUUUGAAGCCUCGCCCAUGUGGCUGCAAGACAUGAAGCCUCGCAAGAACGUCUCCGCAGCCAUUCCCAGCAGCAUCCACAGCUCCGCCAACCAGCAAAUGCACUCCACCUCCAGCCCUCAAGCGGUAGCCAAAAUCCCCAAACAAAGUCCACAAUCAGCAAAGAGCAAAUCGCCUGUAAAAUCUACGGAGCGGACAGCAAAGUUGACCCUAAACUCCAAGCACCACUCUGCACCCACUGUUCUCUAA